AUGCUCAACAUCCUCGCCCUUGCCGUCCUCGCUGUCUCGGCCGCAGCCCAGGCCUCCUUCUCGAUCAUCACUCCCCCGGCGCUCGUGACCUGCCAGCCUGCUCGUCUCAGCUGGACUGGCGGUGUUCCUCCUUACAUCCUUUCUAUUAUCCCCGGUGGCCAGACCGGCGCUGCCGCUCUCCAGGACAUCAACAACAACAUCGACGUCAUGGCCUACACCUGGAACACUAAUGUCGUUGGUGGCACCUACCUGACCUUUAAGCUUGUCGACAAGAACGGUGACAUUGCUUACUCGGCUCCCCUCACCGUCCAGGCCGGCUCGUCCACCGACUGCCUCCAGGCCGGUGCAAGCCAGCCUCCUCAGCCUUCGGCUCCCGCCGCCUCUGCCCCUGCCGCAUCGGGCUCCUCCGCCGCCGCCGGCUCGUCUGGAGCUGCCGCUUCCGGCUCGUCGUCUGUCAAGCCCCCCGCGGCCUCGACCACCACCAAGGCGGCUGCUGCCCUCGCGCCCGUCGCGCCCGUCGCCGCCGUUGUCGCUGUCGCUGGCGCCGCGCUCCUCUUCUAA